CGGAUUACGUACUUGGCGAUUUGCCACCCGGCAAUCUCCGCCGGGCGUUGUUUAACACCGCCAUGCAUCAUCAUCGAGAUGGCCUCUCUGCAUCGCUGUCUCUCCCAACACCCCGCUAUUAUUGCUGCAGUAGUCUUCCCCUCCUCUCCCACACCCCCCUUUUGUCUCCACCCACCGUCCUUUCACCCCCAACAGCCCUUGCUGUCGGGCAUCAGUGCAAGUCACUCACCCUCUUCCACAACAACCUCCCCAGAACACACAAAAAGUCCCAUCUCACUCGCCCCAUCAUCUGCUUUCUCAUCAUGGUCUCGACUCGCUCCCCUCCUCCUCCAUCAUCCACCACCCCAACAAAACUCCUCCGCUCCCCCAGAUCCCCACGAUCACCUAAAUCACCGUUCCCCAAGCCUGCCGACUCAUUCGCCCCCCUCACUUCUGUCCUUGCUGACAAAGCUCAACUAGACGCGGCUCAUCCCAUAGAGCCGCAAGCGCUUCUUCUGCAGCGGGUCCUGUCGGGAGGAUCGACCGCGACAACCGCGACAUCAGAGUCUGGGACUGCUAGCCCCUCAAUGAAAAGCGUACCCCUGUCGCCGAGUUCGCCCGGGACUAGGACGCCGAGAGCAGGGCAGCAGCAGUUGGCCGGCGACAUGGACGGGCUCAAUGUUCGAUCCCCAAUCUCCAAUAACGGGCAAUUACCGGGCGAGGGAAUGCUGGGCAUGGUGAAUGCAGUCAGCGAGACCCCGGAGGAAAUGGCUGUCGAGCCGGCGAGUCAGGAGUCAAAUGGGAACGAUGGCAGUAAUGGGAAAGAGAUCGGCGUGGGGCGUAAUGGGCACGGCGUAUCGAGAUCGUACUCGAGCUCUACCGAGUCAUCCUCCUCCCAGCAUCCCGUACCACCCUCCUAUCUCGGAUCGAGCUAUGGACCGGAGGGCUUCCCGAUAAGUCAAUCUCCGAUGGAUAGUCCGAUGGCCUAUCCGUCUUACCUGACCAGCGGUUUGGGGUACUUUGGCAAUGGUAACGACCCCGAACUAGCCGCCAAACAAGCUGCGGCUCUUGCCAGAGCCGAUGAAGCUGUCCGCCAACUCAACAAUACAUCCACCGUCAUCCAAGGGCCUACACCAGGCCUUCCCUAUCCCACCGACAACUUUGCAAUACCGCGCAAUUAUACCAACUUUGUCACUCCUCAGCAGGCUGGUCCUCCUGUGACUCGCCAAUCGUCCACAUCGUCCAGCACUGAUGCUGCUAGUACGAGCUCCGAAGAGUCUGACUGGUGUAUACCGUCGAUUGAAUGGGUACCGGCCAACCAGUGGCAGCAGUCAAAUUACCUAAACAGCCCCGGUAGCCAAUUUGCCCGGGACAAGGAGCGUACAGCUUCAUCCAGCCGCAUGCCUCCUCCAUCCUCCAUCAAACCUUCCUCCCCUCGCCGACCUUCCGCCGAUCGUUCAAUACAGCAUCGCAACUCUAUCCCUGUCGGUGCUUCAGCGGGUACGCCUCCUCCCGGCAUGAUCUCUCGCCCAUCAUGGUCUGCUUCCACAGCCGCCUCGUCGGAACCACCAGAAGAUGACGACGAUGCGGCUACCGUCGGCCACGCCGCCCGCGAACGCUCCCAUUCUACGUCAUCUCAAUCUGCCCAGAGUGGCCUCGACCUUUUGUGGCGUGCAGCCCAUGGCUUGCCGCACGCUUCGCACGUUGGUACGCCGUAUGAUCCCGCGUUUGAGCACAAGGGCAAGCGCAAAGCUGGCGCGGAGGCGGUGGACAAGUGGAGAGCUAGUGGUAUACCUACAGGUGUCCCGCCUGGGGGCGAUGCGGAGGUAGAAGGCAGUACACCUCCUCUUCCGGGUCCUCCGAGGAAACGACGCCGGAGCGAGAUGGAAUUGGAGCCGAUGGACGAGGAUCUCGAAGAGGUGGAUGAGGAUGAGCCGAUCAAGGAAGAGCUGAGCGACUACCACUCGCCUUCAACAUCAGAGCCUGUGCCGAGCGAUCACGAUAGUGAUUAUGGAGGGAGCAGUGCUGCACCGAAGCGUGGAAAAGCGACAGGUCGAGGAAGAGGCCGGCCCAAGGGGAGUACUGCUGCGGUAGGAGGGCCGAGGGGUAGGACUUUGGCCAGCAAAGUCGACCUUGCCACUGCCCCUGGAGGUGUUACGAAGCAGGGGAAUAUCAAAAAGGUCAGGAAGGUUGGAGAUUCGCCGAAUGGGCUCGCAAAAGGCGCGUCGAAGGAAGCUGUUCAUGUGCCCCCUGGUGGAGUACAGUGUGAUUACAUUAAUCCUUUGCCUCCUUAUAAUCGCUGCACCGACGUCUUCACCCGCAAAUACGAUCUACCUCGACAUAUGGCCCGUCAUGCUCGGCGAGAAGGCGAGCUAGUGGUGGAGGGUGCGCUCGAUAAUGAAAAGGCGGUCUUGUGGAAAAAGUUUAAGGAUAAGCCCAAGGUUCAGUGUGAUACAUGUGGGGAAAGCUUCACAAGGAUGGACGCUCUGAAACGUCAUCAAGCAAAGCAGCAUCACUAGUUGAUCGCAUAAGCGUCUGCAGACUUUCAGCAUACACCUCAGAGGCCCGGCACGGCAUGGGGACCGUGAAUAGUUGCUUGUUUCAUGUCUACAACUGGGAUCACGUCUUUCUUUUGACGGGGACGGUGGUAGCCCCACUAUAAAAUCUAGUUUGGUCGGUCGGUCCGUCAAACGACGGCCAUCUGUGAAUAAAAGCAGAGUUGCUAUUUUCUUUCCAUAUAGCUAUCUGUAUCAUCAGACAUCUUGUUAGCUGGGUUCGCGGUGAUGAUGGAUUAUUGUCGUCCAUGUAUCGAGUUAGUAUGGUUAUGUAUCAAAUCGCGACGAACAGGAGAAAGGC